CCAUUUUUCUUCACCUUCUAGAUCCCUCCUUCUCCUCCUCCGAAAAUGGCUACUCUCUCCGCUUACCCCACCCCUAAUUCUAAUUUCCUUGACCAAACCUCUCAAUCUCCGCCUCAAAACCUCGAUUCCCUCUCUCCGAUGCUUCACCAAUCUCAGGAUUCCGAACACAUUCAUAACCCUAACCCUAAUUACCACACCCCUGUGUCAUCUCCUCCCGAGCCUGCUUCUCCCGCUACUACCACUCCGCCAUCGCUUCUUCAUUUGUCGUUUAAUCAGGACCAUGGAUGCUUUGCUGCUGGUACCGAUCAUGGCUUUCGGAUUUACAAUUGCGACCCAUUUCGCGAGAUAUUUCGCCGUGAUUUCGAUCGUGGAGGUGGUAUCGGGGUUGUUGAGAUGCUCUUUCGAUGCAAUAUCUUGGCUUUGGUCGGUGGAGGGCCGGAACCGCAGUACCCGUCUAAUAAGGUCAUGAUCUGGGAUGAUCAUCAGAGCCGGUGCAUAGGUGAGCUGGCGUUCAGGUCGGAAGUGAGAUCCGUGCGGCUGCGGAGGGACAGGAUUGUUGUUGUUCUGGAACAGAAGAUAUUUGUGUAUAAUUUUGCGGAUUUGAAGCUGCUGCAUCAGAUCGAGACAAUUGCAAAUCCCAAGGGGCUCUGUGCGGUGUCUCAAGGGGCGGGGUCGCUGGUGCUGGUGUGUCCCGGGCUGCAGAAGGGGCAGGUCAGGGUGGAACACUAUGACUCAAAGAGGACCAAGUUCAUUAUGGCGCAUGAUUCUAGGAUUGCUUGCUUCGCGCUCACUCAGGAUGGUCAAUUGCUAGCCACUGCUAGCACCAAGGGAACACUGGUUCGAAUUUUCAACACGGUAGAUGGGAGCUUGCUGCAGGAGGUGAGACGAGGAGCAGAUAGAGCUGAAAUUUAUAGUUUGGCAUUCUCUUCAAAUGCCCAGUGGCUUGCAGUUUCAAGUGACAAGGGCACCGUGCAUGUUUUCAGCCUAAAGGUUAAUUCUGGAUCUCCAAGCAAUGACAGACCACGAGUUGGAUCAGACUCUGUUAGUUCCCCCAGCUCGUCUCUCUCUUUCAUCAAAGGGGUGUUACCCAAGUAUUUCAGCUCAGAAUGGUCAGUGGCUCAGUUCCGUUUAGUUGAAGGUUCUCAAUACCUUGUUGCUUUUGGUCACCAGAAGAACACUGUGGUUAUUCUUGGCAUGGAUGGCAGCUUCUACCGUUGUCAGUUUGAUCCAGUGAAUGGUGGGGAAAUGACUCAGCUGGAGUAUCACAACUGUUUGAAGCCAGAACAACCUUUCUAAGGGGAUUGCCUGUAUUGUAUCUUAAACUCUUUUCUAUGUUAAUUCACGUAUUAUAUAAUUUGUAAAUAUGUACCACGUUAGAUUUGUAAAGUCUGUUACUUAAAAAAAAAAAAAAAAAAAGAAGCCGCGAAAUCUGGAUUUGAGUUGAGAACAAUUGAUGAGAAGCUCAUAUUAAUGCAAGUUGAUUAAUACGAGUCUUUCUUUCUUUUUUUCAUAUGGGCCCUUGAUUAAUAUGGGGCUUUUGAGAUUGUUGAGGUAUCCAGAUUGUUAUGUUCUUAGGUCCUAGGACAGGGCUGCGUCGGAAAUCAUUUGAAUUGGAUCAAUAAACGUUGCCGAUAUGGCAGACGUUCGGAGACCCUUCAAAUAAAGUCCAUAUGUAGAUAUCAUACGCCAAAAUUUGAUGGAUAUGAUGGGGUUAAUGUGGUUCGCGGAGUCGAGUUGAUGCCUGGAGAAGGAUUAUGAAAAAAUUCUACAUGAACCAGCACCCCUACGUGGCUUAAGGCAGGACUGGAGUGAAUCCGCCCUCCUUGUCUAAGAGAAAUGUGUCAGAGUGCAGCUACCACUCUGGUUUCCAUUAGCCCAAUUGUAAAUUUUUUUGAAUUCAAAUUUUUUAAAGAAAAGAAGAAAAAAAAAAAAGAAGACCAAUAAGGAGAGUAGCGUUUC